AUGCCUGUACAGCGAGGCAUUUUGAGAAGGAGAAGACCGGCAGGAAUGCUUCUAAUUUUUCCCUGUGUUUGCCACAAGGGUAAAGUAUCUUUGCCACCAUUUAUACCGUCACAAUUCAUUCAAGAGCUAAUCGAAAACAUUCAUCAUCCGAAUGCUUCUAUUCGCAAGAAAUCACAAAAUUACCUCAAACACAUUCGCUCUUAUAACGCUGCUCUUGCCAUGAUCAGCUCUGAAGCUAAACUAGACGAAUCCUUAACAAACGGUGUCUACAACUUCAAAAUCCACGAUACGUUCUAUCACCGCGUCGGCACUCUUGCACCAUCACCUGGGCAAACUGCUAAGUAUGCACAAAUUUACAUUUACGAUGUUGACACUGCCAUUCAGCAACGAAUGCGAAUGCCUGCCAACCAAAAGUGUGAUGAAGCCUUGAUGAGAGAGUUGACAUCGUAUCUUGAAAAUGUAAACCCUUUCGUUCAGUCAUUCAAAACUAUGGCAGAAUUAAGUCGGGACGAAAAUGAUGGCGUAGAAACUGACAUCUGUAUGUUCAUGAAGAGAGACCGAAACGACGAUCAUAGAAGAUUCAACGAUGCCGUUCAAACUGAUGUGGCAGCUAUAUUUAAAGCUGUAGAUGGUGCACCACCUGGCGAGCGCAACCUUAUCAUAUGGCACAAGUCUCAUGGCGUUCGAAGAGUUUCCGUUUUGGAGCCAUCCCUUGACCCACUGGCUUAUCCAUUGUUGUUCCCCCAUGGCGAUUCUGGAUGGCACAUUGACUUGACUUACGAUGCCGCCCAUCAAACAGCUGUUCGUCAAAAGCUAACCAUGUUACAAUAUGCAUCAUACCGUCUUGCAAUUCGCGAACCAUUCAGCAUUUUGCACCGUUCACAAAAGCUUUAUCUGCAAUGGUUGGUGGAUAUGUAUGUCAGGAUAGAAGGCACACGACUAGAGUUCAUUCGGAAGCAACAGUCACAAUUACGAGCUGAUCUCUACCUCAACAUAACCGACUUUGUCAAUAGAAGGGCAGGAGAAGAAAAUGUUCAAAUCGGCCGCCAAGUCAUUUUGCCGUCAUCUUUCAUCGGCUCACAACGUAAUAUGAAUCAAAACUACUUAGAUGCAAUGGCAAUAGUGCAAAAAUUUGGGAAGCCAUCGUUAUUCGUCACCAUGACAUGCAACCCGAAGUGGCCUGAAAUCAUUGACAACUUAACAAUUGGCGAGUCGGUACAUUACCGUCCAGACUUAGUCGUCCGCGUCUUUCAUUGUAAACUGAAUGAACUUAUUGACAACAUUACGAAAGAUCAAAUUUUUGGCAAAGUGGCUGCUCUGAUUUAUACAAUUGAGUUCCAAAAGCGUGGACUCCCGCACGCCCAUAUCCUCAUCACUUUAGACGAAGAAGAUCGUAUCCGCGAGGUGGAUGUUAUCGACAAGUAUGUGUCUGCAGAAAUACCUGAUAUUGAGCUACAUCCCUCUCUUCAUGACAAAGUUAAAAGCCAUAUGAUACACGGUCCAUGCGGCUCUCUAAACCCGAAUUCAGUUUGUAUGAGAGAUGGCCAGUGCAGCAAGAAGUUCCCAAAAGAAUUUUCCGAGUCAACGCAAGAGAACCACAAUGGGUACGCAACAUAUAGAAGACGUGAUACAGGCGUUACUGUUGAUGUUCGUGGUCAGAGUGUUGACAACCGCUUUGUUGUACCUUAUAACCCUUUUCUCCUGCAAAAGUUCAACUGCCAUAUCAACACUGAAGUUUGCAGCUCUGUAAGGUCAAUCAAAUAUGUGUAUAAAUAUAUAUACAAGGGUUACGAUUGCGCCAACGUACAGUUCAGUCGUGACGACCAAGCGCAGAUCGUAUAUGAUGAAAUUGACUCUUUCGUCAGUUGUCGUUAUGUGGGAUCUACAGAGGCCACUUGGCGCAUUUUCGAAUACGAGAUGCAUCACCAAUCUCACAAAAUUGAACGUCUUGAUUGUCACUUACCGCAACAACAAACUGUAUACUUUCAAAACGGCAACGAAGCUGCCGCAGCAGCAAAUCCAAAGCAAACAAAACUAGAGGCAUUUUUCAGACUUAACCAACAAGAUUCUGAUGCUAACAAUUUACUCUACAUUGAAAUUCCGCAAAAUUACACAUGGGACUCUACCAAGAAAGAAUGGCGUAAACGGCAGCGUGGUGGACAAAAGGUCGUAACGCGCCUUUAUAAUGUGUCGCCAAAGAAUGUUGAACUUUUUAAUUUACGUCUCCUGCUACUACAUGUCAAAGGUGCGAAGGGUUUUGAAGAUAUUCUUACAGUUGAUGGCAUACUUCACGAAACAUUCUUGGCCGCCGCUAACGCAAGAGGUAUUGUGUGUAAUGACGACCAGUGGCAAGACACUAUUGCCGAAGCGACAACAUCGCAGUCUCCCAGACAGUUGCGUCAACUUUUUGGAGUUAUUUGUGGUAUUAAUAUACCCGCAAAUUGCAACGCACUAUGGGAACAGUUCAAAGACCAUCUGUGUGAAGACUUACUUUGUGAUAUGUGCUCUGAAGCAGCGUAUAAUUUGGGUCUUCUUGAAAUUGAGGAUAUAUUGAUCACUCACAACACAAGUUGUGCUGAGUUAGGGCUUCCAAUUCCGAACUGUCAGUCAACAAACAUAGAUAGUUACGACGUAAUGGAACAAGGCGAGUGCUUCAAUCAUAUGUUCAACAUGGCCAAUGACGAACAAAAAGCAAUCAUUACAGAAGUUAUUGGUGCUAUUGAAAAAGGACAAGGCGAAAAGGUGCUCUGUCUCACUGCGCACGCUGGCUGUGGAAAGACGUAUGUGCAAAAGACAUUGCUGUUUUAUUUACGUUCAAAAUGUCUUGACUGUCUACCGUGCGCAUUCAGUGGCAUAGCGGCAAGCUUGCUGGUGGGAGGCAGAACAUUACACAAUCAGUUCAAAUUGCCUAUUCCUGUCACUGAGUCAUCGGUAUCAUCUAUCAAAGCUAAUAGUGCUGUUGCCAAUAGAAUCAGGAGUUCAGCAUUGAUUAUAAUCGAUGAAAUCUCAAUGUGUCCGAUUUACGCGUUGAAAGCAAUCGACCGUUUGUUACGUGACCUAUCAGUUCCCGAAAAUCGCGAAAAAAUGUUCGGAGGCAAAGCCGUUCUCCUAUGCGGGGACUUUAGGCAGACGCUCCCUGUUGUACCCCACGCUGGGCAAACAGCUACAACUGAGCUAUGUGUGAAAUCUUUAGAAGAGUGGCCACGAAUCAAACAGCUCACGCUUACGCAAAACAUGAUUGCGCUGCCAUCUGAGCUUGACUUUAUAAGCUUCCUCAAACAAAUUGGCGAUGGGACAUAUCCAAUUCAUUCUGAUCUCGGCGAUGAUAUAAUUGAACUUCCUCAGAACGUUAUCUGCUCAGGAGAUAUUAUUGACGAAGUAUACAAUGACUUUGACAGCAUUAUAACAAGCAACACUAUAACAGACCGAGCAAUCCUCUCUACGAAAAACGAAUUCUGCCAUUCUGUAAACGAAAAGAUAAUGUCAAGGAUGCCCAGAGAGUUCACGACUUAUUACAGUUUUGACAAGAUUGUAACUGAUGACGUUUCGGAGACACUGAAUUUCCCAACCGAAUUCCUCAAUAGCAUUGAAUUGAGCGGAUUACCUCCUCAUAAAUUAAAACUUAAAGUCAACGCGGUCGUCAUGCUCAUAAGAAAUUUAGACACUGCUAAAGCACUGAUUAAUGGUACCCGAUUGAGAGUGAAGCAUUUAUAUCCACUCACUAUCGACGUGGAAGUUCUAACCGGAACGUCUUCGGGAAAUCGAUUUCUCAUACCAAGAAUCCAUUUACGUCCUUCUGAUGCAGCCCUCCCCUUUGCCAUGCAACGCACGCAGUUCCCAAUCAUACCUGCGUUUGCUAUGACAGUCAACAAAUCACAAGGACAGAGCAUUGGCAAAGUUGGAAUAAUACUUGAAGAGCCUGUCUUUGGCCAUGGACAGCUGUAUGUAGCCUGCAGCCGUGCACGAUCGUUUGAAGGGCUGAAAUUCAUGGUCCGUGACACAGAAAAACAAGGCCGGUUGAGAGGUGAUGAUCGAGUGUUCACUCGGAAUAUAGUAUUUAAAAAUGUAGUAUAA